AUACUUCAGUGGCGUAAAGGCUUCAGGUCAAGGUGCAGAUUGUCAUUUGUCAGAGGUUGUGUCAGAAAGGAGUUGACUAGCAAAGCAGCCUUAUAGUUUUUUAUUUAUUUUGCUAAAAUGUGCAAUCAGGAGCCCGAUAUAGUGGCAACAUUAGGAUUGCUCGCUCAUUUAAACAACGAGGAGCUAAAAGAGUUGUUGAACGACGAUGACAAGUUCGAGGAGAUUGUCAAAGAUGUCAAACAGUUCAAGGAUCAAGAUACUGAAAAGGAGAUGCUUUUGGCUAGUAACAGGUCCAUGGCAGAGUUCAAUCUUUCCAAUAAACCGAAAUUAGAAGAAGGCAAACAAGCAAUAAGGGAACUCAGCGAGAAGGGAAGCAGACUCUGUACGAGUGUUAUGGAAAAGCUAGAUCAGCUGAAGGAACAGUCAGGCACGAUGACUGUUGAUACAGCUUUGGCCCUACUUCAAGCAUCUGCAGCGGAAAUCGAAGAAGAGUCAGAGAAAAUACAAGGAAAGUUUAUGAAUGAAGAAAUGGAGGUGGAUGAAUUUUUGGAGCAAUUUUUGACGCGCCGUAAGCUGAUGCACUUGCGAAAAGUGAAAGUUGACAAAAUGAAGGAGCUAAUGCUAAAGCCUUGUCCUUCGUCCUCUGGAAUCUUAGGGUAUCCUACCUCUGGUAACUUCCCAGGGAUGGGACCUUCCGUUCCAUAUCCUACAGGUGUCAUAGGAAUGCCCAUGCCUGUUCCGCCAGUAUAUCGGCCCUUUUAAUUCAAUGCCAGGUAUAAUUAACCCUUAAUUAAUAUUCAUGGUUAAGAAGAAUCUUAAUCUACAUUGCCAGUGAAUUAUCAAUAAACAAAGAUUCAUAGGUGCAGUACUGUUGUAAUAUACAUUCAAAUUUUAUACAAGCUUCUGAAAAUUUAGUGCUUUGUUUGUUUAGGUUUAUUUUACAGAAAACAUGUGGCAUUACCAUCUGAACUAAUGAAAUUCCAUUCAUUUAAGUAUCUGGCACUCCUCAUGUCAUUUAAAUGAUCAGUUCUGUAUAAUUUAUCAUGUUCUGGAAGUACAAAAGCGGUUUGUAAACAUGAUAUAUUCUAAUAAUGAAGAACAAAAACCAUAUGUUUUGAUCAGAAACUGAAAUUCUAGCAACUUGUAGUAAAUUGCACUACAUGGUUUGAUAAUCCCGAAUUAUUCUAUAACAGUUUAAUUAUUUCUCAGGGAUUCAAAAACCCGUCCACUGUGUUGGACGAAGUGAAAUUUACAAAGCUUAAUGAUAUUGUUAUGUGAUAGUUUCACAUAGCUGAAAAUCUAAGAGCUUUGACGCAUAGAUCAAAAACGUGUGGCGAUUUACUUACGUCAUCAUUAUCUGAGUACUCAGAGACCUAUAGGGAAGCAAGCCUAAGGCAGAAUACGAUGAACAAAGAAUCAACCUUGAGUUUUACAAUAAUGGUUUUCUCAGACUAUAAAUACAUACAUAUAACUGAUAAGACUAAACUAAUAUUAUAACGUUUUACUAGUUAUAUUUAUGAAUUUUGGCUGAUUAGAGUUCUUGCAAUUUACUUGGUCGUUUUUUGUUAUUCAUCUCUUCCAACUUUUCUCGUAAUAAAUGGUGCCCUGUGCACAUAUUCCUGGAAUUCCCAUAUUUCCUCUAAAUGCAAAGAAACUUCUAUAUUUCCUUUGAAUGUAAAGCAAUUUUAUCUUACGUGACAUAAUGCUAACUAACAAGUGCAGUACGAUAUUUAAAGGUGUAUUUUGAAUAGAUGAUCCAUUUAUUAUUAUUUGAUAUGCGAACUUGGUUUUAACAACCAUAAGAGAUAAAAAAAAAACAAUAAUUAUAAAUAUAUUUGAAUGAAAAGAAUGUUGAAAACAAAUCAGAUAUUUGAAUAAAGUAUUUUUUAUUUGAA